AGAUAUGUCAAUCGCUACGUUGUGCACUGAGCUUCGCGGAAAUGUGGCUAUCACAUCAGUGCCUGUCAGGGCUCGAAACCGGUUUAAAUAUCUUCGCAGAUGGAAAUUUCGAGGCAAUUGUAUUCUGGAGGCUGGCAUUUAAGUUGUCGACCGGGGAUAACUUGGCUGUUUGCGAAAAUGAAGCUUGAGAAGAUAUACUCAUCUUCGUUGUCAGUAUUGCUACUGAUGUUUGUGGGUAAGCGACAAGCUCUUUUUUUAUUUCACGUGCAGAUUUAUGAAAGCUCUAGUGAUGACUCAAUUUUUAUUUUUUUUCUCAAUCUAUUCUACUUAUUUGAGGAAUGGUCGAGAGAAGAAAAUAUUAUCAGCAAUAAUUCAACUGAAUCGCUUCAAAUAAAUUCUAAUGGCGGAAAAAAUCAACGGAAUGCAACAGUUCCGGUUUAAUUCCUCGUAGAUAAAACUGAAGAGUGUAAAAGAUGAAACCAACGAGUCACUCCCAUUUCUUGCUCGCUGUUCCUCAAAGUAUAAUUUACUGCAGUCAGUUAGUAACUUGUUGCGAUUGUAGUAGUUACCAAACAAUAAUAGUUGCUAGACCACAUCAUUAAAAGGCUGAUAAUUCUUACAUCAACAACAACUUGCGCUUUAAUAAGCAAUUCUACUUUCAAGGAAAUUUGUUUCAGAGUAAGAAUUAGAAAACCAGUUUAAACGGCCUCAAAGGUUACCACAAAAUCAAUGCAAUAAUCUCUUAAACAAGAACUUGGAUGGAUUUGUGUAGGUUUAUCGUUCUCAGAUGACGAACGAUUUGAAGGAAAUCUAAUAUAUAAAUUCGUAUACAAUUCAUAUAUUCAUUUCAGAAAUGAAAUUUCAAACCGCCACGUUCUCAAGCUCUGCUCUCUUGAAAGGAAAAGUAAUGUUGGGUGAAGAAAUCUGCUCAGAAAAAAAAAUUGAUACAAGAAGAAAUUUCUGCAUAAUAAUUUCCUUUAUACAAUUCUAUACUCCGUAUUGCACGACUGAGAAAUAGUUCCUUAUAUCUACUUCCUGCAGUUACUAAAAACUAGACAUGAACUCGAUAUGAAGUUUCAGACCAAAUGCAAAGAUCGACUGUUUUAAUAAAUGUUACAAAUAAGAUAUUAGGAAAUAUACAGGAAGUCCCGCCUGGGGUUAGGAACCUUGAACACUUUCGUUUGUUGUAUGGCAAAGCUUUCUUAGUUAAUUGUUGCAAUCUUGAUGAACGUCGGUUUUAGCAAUUUGACACCUAUCGACUCAUAUUUUUACUCAAAGAAUUCGAAAACGUCGACAUAAUCUGAGUUGGAUCUUCUUCCGCUUUCAUACUUGUUUAAUAACGCCUGCACGAAAUUAGACCAUGACUCAGGGAAGUUUGUUCGUGGCCCAUAAAGAACCUUCUCACUCUGAAACAACCUAAACUUGCCAUUGAAACCCUAGUACGUGAUGAUUAAGACAGAUGCUGUUUCACGGUAUUACCAUCAGGUUAUGUUUGCUUUUCAAGAUAAUUUCGAAGAGAAUCGGAUUUCCGAAAAAAGUGGCACGGAAGCAAUUUAGUGAUGUUCUCGAAUUCCAUAACACGCAACCGGACGUAAUUUGUUCUAUGAUUCUCAGUGCAAUUUCUCUAAAACUCCUUACUGUACAAUGAUUAACUAAAACAAAUCUAUGAAACUGGUCUGAGAUUGUCGUCAUAUGGACACAGUUUGAGAAAUUUAAGACUCAUCUGAUUCAUGACUAGCCGCCAACGACCUUACCAGUUUCCUCCCGGUAAAUCAGGGAAAUAUCCGGCCUCGCUAUUUGCGAACGAGAUCUCGAGGAGCACACGAGCCUUGAAUCUCUCAUGAACAUAUCAGUAUUAUACUUAUGAAAGAGUUGUGAAGACAAUAGAAACUGAGCUGGCACUGUUGAGUGGAGUCAUACUGAGACAACCUCUUAGUGGAACUUUCACUCGAAUAAUUAAUAAGAACGCUAUUAUUAAAAGUGUAGACCGGGCUGAAAAGGCUGCUCGUCAAAUUAAAAGGAGUUUUCUUAAAAACGAAAACACUACAAACAUUGUUAUUACUUUCGAAAACUAUUGUAGGUCCCUCAACGGAAAUGCGGUUAAAAGAAUUUGUGUUCUUUGUCUACGUACCCCUUUGUUUGAGUUCCGCAUAGCUUCAUUUCUUUGUUAAUUAUCAUUUUCAGUUCCCUGUGUUGGUGCGGAUCUCAAAUGCUACCUUUGUUUAUCGUAUAAAUCUUGGGAGGACUGUAAAAAGACUGAAAAACUUGUCGAUUGUACACCUGGUCACGAUGAAGUCUGCAUUACGCAACAUAAAGUGACAAAGGAUGACAGCUCAAACAAAGGAUACAAAGAAGCUUUUAUAAAAAUGUGCGGUCAAGCAAGACUGUGCGCUGUCAAAGAUUGCGAGAAGCGUAGUACAAGUUGCCAGAUUGACUGUUGUCAUCGCGACGGCUGUAACACCGCAACAAAACGAGCGGCUGAUAUGACGAACACAUUGCUGGGAGGUGUGCUGGUAAUUUUGAUUUGUCUUCUACAGUUGAAUUGUGUUCUCUAAGUGCUAGGCGUUUUCAAGCACCUUUAAAAAAAAUAGAAGAUUUUUAAAUACGAACAAACACAACCAGUCCGCAAUACUAGGAAAAAAAGUUCAAUUUGAUUUUCACUUACACGGGUAUCACCGCGUUUGACCCGCACUGCCUAAGAGAUAAGUCCCACUGGAUUUGUACCAAAACGGGUCUGCGACCCACGAUGAUACGGGAUGAGUCCCAAUUGACUUGCAACAAAACGGAACUACGACCCGCAAUGAGACGGGUUUAGUCCCGAUUGACUUGUGCCAAAACGGGUCUGUGACCUUGAACGACACGGGAUAAGUCCCGAAUUACUUAGUAACAAAACGGGUUUGUGACCUGAAAUGAUACGGGAUAAGUCCCGAAUUGCCAUGCAUGUGCUCCAAACAACACUUACAGGGAUCAUGCGUAACCGGAACUGAUAUACUUCACGGAUAACUAUGCCAGCAACUCUGUGGAUUGGCUGGGAAAAUGUCAUUUAAAACUUUAGAAAAAAUUGUACAUUUUCAACAGCAAUUCAUCUGAUUACAUAAGCUUCACUGCCUCGAAUCAAAAUCAUCCAUCUCAUUUUUCGACUGAGUGGCUAAAUUUUAUGUGAAGGGAUAUCUUUACAUUUCUUAUC